UGCCCAUGACCACCUGAGUCGAUAUUUCAGUGAAUGAAUAUCUUUUUCCGGCAAUGGAGAGUCUGUGUUCCUAGUACACUUUCCAGAAGGAUUAAAACAAGUGCCUUUACACACCUGCUUCAUAAUUAAGAAACAUUUUUAAAAAAACAUGGCAUCGUUUAUGAAUGAUCUGGCUUCAGCAACGCCAAGCUCUCAAAACCACAACGCAGCCAAUCUCACAGAACUGGAAUUGUUAGAGUUAGCUACGAAACUAUACCCUGACGAUUUUUUCAGACUUGGAGUAAGACUAGGAUUCGAAGAAUCCAGACUCAGCCACUUUAAACAUGACAACCCAAACAACAUUGAGGGCGCACUUUCAACAAUGCUAAUACGAUGGCGAAAGAAUCAAUCAGGGAAACCGUCUUUGAUCAGGCAGAGAUUAGCACACGCUUUAAAACACGUGCAACGUUUGGACUUGUCAGAGUCCGUUUAUCUACAAGAGGACGUCCUCCCAACAUUCAAGGAUAUAGGUUUAAAGGAGAACACUGGUGAAUGGCAUUUGGAUAAAACAAUCGCCCUUCCAACCGACAAAGCUGAGUGGAUGAAAGCAUGUAUAGCACUUCCUGGACGGCGCGUGGCUGUCGGAUACAGAUCUGGUAGCAUCGACAUCAUUGAUAUCGAGAAUGAUUUACGGGAAAGAAUUCUAGACCAACUGAAAAUCAGAAGUCUUGCUCAGUUGAGCGACGGAACCCUAGUCAUCUGCAACGACGAUGUCAAAUCAGUAAAGAUCUAUACAUGUACACUGGGAGGGAAGCACACAGUAGCAAAACCUUUGUACACCGUGAGACAGUCUGGUACGCACCGAUCGCUGAGCGUUGAUGCAGAGGACAACAUCUACCUCGGUUUGCGGGGGUUCAAACAAAUCGAGGUGGUUAAACCGAUCAGCGGUGCGUUGACGAAGACGAUCAAAACGGCUGUCGACCCAUGGAGCAUUGCCGUCAUGCGCACCGGAAAUAUUGCCAUAACGAAUUCCCUGAGAGGCACCGAAGAUGCAGUGUGUGUUCUUACCCAGGGCGGGGAUAUAGUUAGCAGGAUGCCAGGGGUCAAAGACGCCAGACAGUUCAUUGCGGUUGAUUCAAAGGACAGCAUCUAUGCCGCGAUAAAAGCAAAAAAUGGCAUGGUGAAGAUCAGAAAGUAUUCAGGUCAUGACGUUGAGGUCGUCACCGAAAAUGUGGAAUCUGUCACGAAGCGCCGUGACUGGAUUCAAUUGGCCUGUCUCUCCCCCAACGAGCUGGUGAUGUGUGAUGCUAAAUCAAUGUUCGUAUUUAAACAGUACUGAGAAUGUACGGUCCUAUCUCACUCAUCUGCGAGUGCUUAAUUGCGAACGUUGCAAAUUUGCAUUUGCCAACUUUUCUGACGAAUGUUUUUUUCGAAAAAUAGCGGCUUCUAGCGAUGUUUAGCGACAAUUAGCAACAUUUGAGAGCAUUUUAGCGAAAGUGUUUGCGAAA